CAACAGCAGAUCGGUGCCAAGAAAAGUUUUCUGUUUGUUUUACGUGACAAUUUGCACGUGGUCAAAUAAAUACAAUCGGCAAACAUCCGAAGCUGGGAUAAUAUUUAAAGUGCGAUAUUACGGAUACCAGAACGCUGAAGACCGGUUAUACCCGACAGCAGUCGAAUUUAAUAAAAUUUCGACUCAUUACCGGGAUUUUGGCAGUUCACGUGUUUCGAGUGUUGGGUGGACCUGCAAGCACACCACAUCCAAUCAUUGCACCACACCACAAUACACCAUCGACCACGGAACUGGCCACCCAAGCUCCUUCGUCUAUUCUUAUACCUCAUUAUUUUGUUGAAAAAUAAAAUCAAGCCGACUUCAGCAGAGAAGCGUUGCCAGCGCCUAUUCAGGGCUGCUCAACGCCUCUCAAUACAACAACAAUAAGAAGAACAACUACAACAACACAGGAACAACAACCCCGGUGUCUUGAAGUCACCGCAUAGCAGGCAUAGAGUAUAAAAAAAAAAAGGAAAAAAAUGAAUUUUAGUUCUAAGUAAUAUUAUACUCCAUACUUAUAAAUUUGUAAAAUAUUUUCUAGUGAGCGCUUUGUAUCCAUUUUGCACCUUUGACUCUAAUUAUCACCGCCUACAGAUCGUCUACGUCGACAGGCCUGCUGACAUCGAUGGAUCGCUAAGGAUGAUAUGGUAACAAAUUUUUCUAUCAAUUAACAGCUGCAACUGAUGCUGAUGAUAAUGCAGACAAUGUGAACAAAGUUACGUAUUUUUGAAAAAUUUCCACGCGUGCUGCGUGACGUCACUGAUUCGCCUAUUGUAGUCGUGGUCGUCGUCGCACAGCUGUUUGCCUUGGAGUUGCCGCCAUUUGCUUAACCCAGCUGUCUUUAGUUAGUGUAGCGUUGCCGUAUAUUUCAGAGAAUCACGCCAAAUCGCCGAUAUAUUUUACGUUUGGCGCCAAAAUAAAUAUCCCCCACAGUAGUCAACUGUCUGGCAGCUCUCCAUGUCUUCCCGCCUUUUUGGGAGAAACUAUUGGGUCUUGCAAAUUAAUUAAUACGUCGUAGUGGUACCGACAUACUUUUCAAACGACAACAAGACGACUAAUCUCAAGGAAAAAACGAUACGCAUUUAGCAACAAUUGGUGUGCAAAUCAAAAAGCAGCAAACUCAAUGCGCACGCUGCGCUGUGAAAAAGUGAAAAGUUUACUUGUCAACGUUACGUCUUUGUUGUUGUUGCUAUUACUGCUGCAGUCGCGCGCUCAUUUAUCGAGGUGAACCCGCGGCCGCGCCCGCCGCUGCUGCUGCCGUCAGCAGCAACGUUCAAUCCUAGCCAAAAUUGUGUGAAAAGUUUGCAUGUGCAUCUGCAUUUGCAUUUGCAAUUACAAGUUACGAAUACGUCAAUACGCCAUCAACAUGAGCAACGAUGUACAAGAGCAGGAGCUCGGCGCCGAGGUGGUAACCAGCGCCGGCGUCUCCAUCGACGACGGCAUUGAGACGAUGCGCAGCAAAUUUGAAAAUCUAUGCCGUGAUCUAAACAUGGAUCGCCAGACCGAGGUCGACGCAUUUCGAAUGCUCAACGAAGUGCUGCAGCAUUACUCUUUGGAGGGGGAGAUCGGGCAUUGGUUCUGUUGUGCUCUGUUCGCAGCCUGCCGUCAAUCGACAACGCCCACAGUAGAUGGCCAAGAUACUGUCGUUAUGGGCAAUUGUGUGCCAUUGAACAAUUUGCUGCGCAGUUGUCAGAUGAGCAUCUACGAGUUUACGCCAAGGAUAAAGCUGUGGUGCGACAUGGCCAAUCUGCCGCAAGAAUUUAUCCAACAAAUGGAGGAGCUAGAGCGCAAGUUUUUCAUCACAUUCACGCUCUACAAGAAGUACAGAAAGAUAUUCGAGCAAGUGUUUUUCUGCCCGCCCAACGAGAAGAAGUACUCAAAAUACAGCACUAAAUGCUCCUACAUCAAGCUGGACGAUAUCUGCUGGCGCCUGUUUCUAUGUUGCAAGAAUCAGAAGCCGACGACAACGCUUGAUCUGGUCACAUCGUACAAUCUUAUGAUGUGCUGCAUUGAUCUCAUCUACGCCAAUGUGCUGGCCGAGAAACGCACUGAUCUCAUUAACCCGAACUUUGAGGGCUUGCCACCAAAUUGGAAUUCGCCACACUUUGACGAGACGCAAGCCCGCAAUCAUUGUAUACUCAAGUACUUCUGCGAGAUGACAGACGAGGCUAAAACCAUGAAGGCGACCGUCUUCAGUAACAUUAUGCACAGCUUCUUUCAAGCGAAUACCAUUUUUGGUAAGGAAGAGACGCUGCUCGGCCUAGUGGCCAAUAAAAAUUUUGAACGCAAUCUGAGAUCUCUAAACGUCAGCUACGAACAGUAUGUGCUGAGCGUGGGUGAGUUUGACGAGCGCAUACUGGCCGCCUAUCAGCUAGACGCUGGCGAGCACAAUAAUCUUAACGAGCAGGCGUUGCGUCCCCCAGUAACGCCGUUGACACGCAAACAGGACUUACCUCCCCAGUCCGUGAUGUCGGAACAAAAGUUCGAGCCAGUGGCCCAUGCCACCAACAAUGUAAAAAAGCUGAGUGCUACCAUUAGUCGCAUUACGGAGCCCACCGAAUUUGUCAAACAGGCUGGCGAAGAGCAUAUUGCGAAGAUAUUAAAGAUUAUUGAGCAAAUGGGAAACAAGUUUCUCGCAAAGUAUCCAAUGCGCAGCGAGGCUGAGAACCGAUUCCGUUUGGCCAAAUCGCUGUAUUUCUACCUGAUGGAUCACAUACUCCGUGCCGAGAUUAAAAACAAGCCGCAAAUUAUGCGCAGGAUCUCAUUGGACAUAUUUAAUGUGACACUGAUGACCUGUUGCACGGAGCUGGUGCUCUAUGCUUACAACACGGAGCUCAAUUUCCCCUGGAUUCUGGAGUGUUUCAGUAUUAAUGCGUUCGAAUUUUUUAAGAUCAUUGAAAUCGUUGUACGUAAUGGAAAGGACUGUCUGACGCGCAGCUUGGUUAAGCAUCUGAAUUCUAUUGAGGAGACAUGCCUGGAGCGUCUGGUCUGGCAGCGCAUCUCGCCAGCCUGGGAUAUUAUUGGCAGUGCGGCCAAUCCUUUGCCCCCCUACAUGGAAGUGUGCGAAGGUAGAACAGCCGGGCCACUGCAGAUUUUUCUGCGCAAGAUAUAUCAGCUCGGUUGGGCUCGUAUCUUGACACUGUGCAAUGAACUAAAUCUUGGUGAGACGAAAGCCGAAAAGAUUUGGACCAUAUUCGAGAAUUCAAUAACAAACAAGAUUCACCUACUGCAAGAUCGCCAUCUCGACCAAAUCAUUAUGUGUGCAAUAUAUAUAUACAUAAGAGUUACGAAAAUGCUGGAACCCAAAUUUAGUAAGAUUAUGCACGCCUAUCGCAAUCAGCCGCAGGCGGUCAAUAGUGUCUAUCGAGAGGUGCUCAUAAGCGUCAAAGAGAAUGGUGAACUCGAGUAUAGAGAUAUUAUACACUUUUACAACUAUACGUAUGUCCCAGAGAUGACAAAGUUCUGCACCAACCGUCUUAAUGCUAAUACAGACGUGAGUAGUCAAUUGUCGUUUAGCGUUUGGGUGGCUAGCCACGUCCUUACAUUUAUAUUUGAACAGAAUGUAAAUCUUCUGCUGUCGCCACAUCCCAUCGAGCGCACAACGGUGCCCAAGAAGCUAAUACCUAAUCACUCCCUCUAUGUAACAAAAAUGUCCAAGAAUGAGAUACAACAGUCUCCAGAUCAGCUUGAAUACAUCAUCAGUUGCAGUCCGGCCAAGAAAUUGGAGGAUAUGAACAAGAAGGUGCUUGGUAACGGCAAGCGUAUGUUGUCCUUUGGCGAUGAACCCGGCCUAAAUGCUAUUGAUACGAAGCGUCUAAGGUUCGAUCAGCCGCCGCAUCUGAGUCAACUUCAAGCCGUCUUGGAUGAUCGCAAGAGCGAACGAAACUAGAUAAUAAACAACACGGCAAGCUUGGGCAGGGCUAUAGAAUUUUGGUAGGGGAGGGGGGUAGGGAGAAUGUGUGUUUUUUAUAAUAUGUGGCUGUCGUCGUCGAUUCGCAUGCGGAUCGACAUGGAAGCACAGGUAUUAUAAAAUGCAUAUUGAAGUAGUGGCAAUUGCCUCCACGUGGCACACGCAAUGUUUUUUUUUAUUGACAAGCGCGAUCGCUUGUCAUUUAACUUACUGUUUAAUUCUCUUUUGUUUUUUUUUAACUAUUAGUCCGCCAUCUUAAUUUAAAAGCGUUUGCAUCUUAUUAAUAUUCUCUUUUUUCAAGUCAUUUAUACAAAUACAUUUAUACACAUAUAUAUAUAUAUUUACAUGCAUACAUUAUUAUAUUAAUAUAGCGCACUCUAUUUACAUAUUUGUAUCCAUUGAUGAAAUGAAUAGCAAGAGACAGAUUUUACAGGCACUUUAGCUAAAACUAAUAAAACAGCAUCAAUAACCACUUGGCAGCUUUUGGUGUUGACGUUUAAACUUGACGACAUAAACAACAGCAAUCAGCGUAAAUUAAACUUUACAUACUUUACACACUAUAAGAACAAAUACAAGUCAACAACAACAAUUAGAACAAGUAGCUUAUAAUUUUUGAAAGAACCCGCUCUAUAGUACACAUAUGGCAUAUCUAUACUUAUAUGCAUCUAAUAAAGAGUUCCAUAAAAAAUA